AUGAACAAUAUUUUAUUAAAUCAACAAAUGUAUCCAAUAAAUUCAAAAGAUCAAAACAACUUAAAAUUAAAUAACAAUAUCUCAAAUAGAGAUACAAGCUAUCAAAGAAACAACAAUAUAGGAAAGAUGAGUAUGAAUAAUAUAACAAGUAAUAAUAUUUAUAAUAAUUCCAAUAAUUUAAAUAGUAAUAAUUAUUCAUUAGGUUUAUUUAUUGAUAAUCCUCAAAAUGCAUUUAUAUUUGAUGAAAAAGAUUUAAAAACUCUAUUUUCUCAUUAUAAAGGAGCAAAAAGUAUAAGAAUAUUAAACGAUAAAGCAGCAGCUCAAAUCACUUUUUAUGAUCAAAAUAUGAUACAACAAGUAAAGAAAGAUAUUAAUGGGUUAACUAUAAAUGAUAUUGGUACUAUUAGAUGCAUUAUAUUAAAUGAGGGAAAGGUGAUAGAACAAUUUCUUCCAUUUUCAGCAAAUGACCCUGCACAUUUGCAGAACUCUAAUUUAUCUUCUAAUAAUGAAAAUACAGUUAAUAUGCUAAAAAAGUUAGCUACUUUAUUACAACCACAAAAUAAUACUAAUAUAAAAAAGAAAAAUGAUAUGAACCAGAUGACAAAAAAUCAGUUGAGUAAUAAAACGAACUAUACAAAUUACAUCAAUUCAAACAAUAAUUUCAAUCCUGUACAUAAUAAAAAUGAUCAAAAUGAAAAUCCAUAUGCUAAUAAAAGAUUAAGUAGAAUAGAACUAAUUGAUAUUUUUGGUUUUCCUUCUGAAUUUGAUGUAAUGAAAAAAAUUUUAGGUAAAAACAAUUCAAAUAUAACUUAUAUAAAUGAACAAACUAACAAUAAUGUAAAAAUAGAAAUAAAAGGGAAACCAAUUAAUGAAGCACCAGUUGUUGAACGAAUGCAUAUAUCUGUAUCAUCAGAUGAUAUACCUUCUUAUAAAAAAGGAAUUGAAUUAGUUAUAAAAUUGUUAAAUUCUAUUUUUAAAGAAUUUUGCGAUUUCUGUUAUGAAAAAAAAUACCCAAUACCAGAUAACUUAGCAUUUAAGAAGCAUGAAUAUACUUAUAACCCUGAUGGAACUACGAAAUAUUUAGGUUAUAAAGAAAAAUCGCAUGUAUUAAAAGAAAAUAUGAAAAAUGAUUAUAUGCAUAAAAAAAAUAAAAAUAUACAAAAGGGUGAAAAAGAUAAAAGAGUUCCUAACAUUUCUUAUAAUAUGUAUUCUAAUUCCAAUCCUCAAUAUAAUAACCAAAAUAUGCUUUCAGGGGACUUUAAGGAAAUAAACUAUAAAGAAUCUAAUCAAGGAAAUUUUCGUAAUAUUAAAUUAAAUAGGACGAGGGAUUAA